UUUAUUUCAAAAAACUUUCGUUUAAUUACAUGGAAACAUGAAUAUAUUAUUUACGACGAGAUUAAUUAAGUAUUGAUAUUCAAAUGUAAAACAAUAUUCAAGUAUUUACACUGUUUUCGCCGGUUUUACCACCAUUUUCUGAAAAAAUGUUUGUUAUCAUCAAAAUAAUUGCACUAUUGGUCUCAGUUUGGCUGAGGGUCAGUCUGGGGGCCAAAUGUCCGCCCUCUCCAACCAUAGCCCCGUGCAGUUGUGCUCAAUAUAUAAAUCAGAUCUCGUGUUGGAAUAUCAAACCUGAUGUGAAUUUAACGCAAAUAUUUGUCAAUUUGACGAAAGCGUUGGGAAAGAAUAGCAAACAAAUAAUUUACGAUGAAUUCAAACUCAUAGACUCAGAGCUGACAGACAUCGGCUCCGAUGACGACAGUGUGGAGGACUUCUUCGCCGGCGUUGCCUUCAAUAAGAUUCAGAUAACAAAGAAUCGUAAACUCAAACGCAUUCACAACAAUGUAUUCAAGUCCUCAUUCAAUAUAACGACUUCCAUCACAAUUAGCGAGAAUGCAAUUCUGGCUAACGAUGCGCCCAAUGAGAGGCAGAUCUUUGAUUUGUUAAAUAGUUUUGAGUUCGCGACUGAGAUAUGGCUCACAGACAACAACAUCAGUACAAUACCGGAGAAGGCAUUUAAUAGGUCUCAGAACUCGUUGGCCUGGCUUUCAUUCAUCGACAACAAUAUAGUGAGUGUCGGCUCUCACGCCUUCUACUCCUUACCGGCGCUCAAUUAUAUACUACUCGACGGCAACCGAAUCGAUAAGAUCUCUAACAAGGCUUUCGAAUUGUCAAACAAUGUCUCUAAUUACCAAUUAUUAAGACUUUUUCUCAGAGAUAAUGACUUGAAUUCGGACUCUUUCGAGAGCGGAACCUUUGAGCGCAUCCACAGAAAACUAUUGCUCGACUUAUCCAAGAAUAACAUCACUCACCUUAAGAGGGAUGUGUUUACACCCGUCUUCAGACGAAACGGCAGUGCAAUCAUAUUGAGACACAACCCUCUCGUUUGCGAUUGCAAUUUCAAAUGGCUGUACGACAGGCGACUGCUCUACAACUCUUCACAUCACGACCGACACUAUUAUGUCCACAAUAUUCAGUGUAACGGCACUAAACACGACGGCUUCAAAAUGAAUGAAUUAACUCAAUCCCAUUUCCAACACUGUCCUCACGACCCGACCGUCCAUUGCUUUAUGAGUACUGAAACUGAUUACGACUACCAGUGUUAA